UGGGCAACAUGCAACAUGAAUUCUGUUGAAUCAACAGAAAUUAUAGGGCAACUCCUUCCAUGAGGAAACAUCAGAGAAAAGGAUCCAGAAAGUCAGACAUUAUUGAAGACGCAGCAAGUGUUUACAAAACUUGUAAGCUUUUUGCUGAUUGCACACAAAAUCCUGACAGACUUCAAGAUGAAGGUGUUGCUUCUCCUGGUGAUGCUGACAACAUGUGCUGCAAGUCCUCAAGAUCUAUCAGAUAAAAUAUUCACCUUCCCACUACGAACCAACACAGCUCAUGUGAAGCUGAUCACAUCAAGAGAGGAUUUCAGUGCUGUAACUGUCUGUCUCCGGUCCUUUACAGACAACACCAGAGACCACAUUCUUUUCUCUCUGGCCACACCCUCUAAUGACUACUUCUUCAUGUUCAGACGUUUUAGAGAGAAUACCAUCGGUGUGAGAAACGAUUUAGCAGCUUUCACAGUGCCGGACUACACGUUGAGCACGUGGCACUCUAUUUGUUCCACAUGGGACUCUGAGUCUGGACUGGCGCAGCUGUGGUUUGAUGGACAACCUUCAAUUAGGAAAUUUGUCAGCUCUGGAUCAAAUUUCACAGGACACACUAGAAUUGUCUUAGGACAGAAGCUGGAUGCCCAAGGUGGAGACUUUGACAUUGAUCAUACUUUCAUUGGCAUGCUGUACGAUGUCCACAUGUGGGACCAUGUCCUUUCCCCCUGUGAGAUCCAGGACUAUGUGCAGGAACUGAACUUCAGUCCAGGGAAUGUACUCAACUGGAGGGCGCUGGAGUUCCAGAUUGUAGACAAAGUGCUGAUAGAAAAUAAAAAAAGGACCUGUUACUAAACUUUUGAAACUAUAAAUGUCUUGCAAAAUGUUCUGUAAUAUAAAAGAUGUCAUUUAAUCAUGCCAACAUUUUGUCUUAAAUAUUUUUCUUUUAA